AAUCUGUUGAAAGCGAAACAGCAGAAUCAGUUUCAGGAGAUCAACUAACCAGGGAGGCAAUCGAAACCAGUGAACCGGAUGAAGACUCACAGACAAUGAGUCGCCAUGAGGUUAUCCGCCAACUUGCAAGGGAGCAAGUACAAC